AUGAUUUCUCAUGAUGAAAUCCUCAAGAUUAUCUACCUGAACCAGAUUGUAAUUGGAGUCCUAGGAAACUCCUUCCUUAUAUCCCUAUACAGUGUUAAGUUCAAAAGUGUCCACAAAACAAGAUCCAUAAUUCUAAUUUUAAUCCAUGUUCUCUUUACCAACAUCCUACUACUUCUUUUCAGGGGAAUACCCAAGACAAUUGAAGUCUGGGGGUUAAAAUAUUCUGUGGAUUAUACUGGGAGCAUAUUUCUAACUUACCUGCAGAGAGUGACUCGUAGCCUUUCCCUCUGUAGCUCCUUCCUCCUGAGUAUCUUCCAGGCAGUCAUCAUCAGUCCAAACAGCCUCAUAAAGACAGAGCUAAAAAGCAGAGCUCUGAAGUGUAUUUUUCCCUGCUGUCUUUCCUGCUGGGUCCUGAAUCUCCUUAUAGAUACAGCUCUGCCUGUGUAUAUCAUUGGUUUCAACAACAGAACACAUAGUAAAGAGGAACAGAACAUUGGAUUUAGUGCUUUAGACCUUCAGGCAACAAAGACUAUAAUGUUCCUAAUCUGGAAAUUUGUUUAUGAUGGAUUUUUUGUGGGACUCAUGGCCAUUACCAGUGGCUACAUUGUGCUUUUCUUAUACAAACACCACCAACGAGUUCAACACAUUCACAUCACUACCCUGUCUCAAAGAGGCUCUCCAGAGAUCCACGCUGCCAGAGCCAUCCUGCUACUGGGGAGCAUCUUUGUUAGCUUUAAUUUAAUGAGUUCUAUUUGUGUAAUGUAUAUGACCGUUUCUAAAGUCCCUAGUCCUGUUUUGCUUCAUGUCUCAGUUUUUCUUUCCCUGAGCUUUCAAACAGUCAGCCCCUUUAUGCUGCUCAAAAGUGACACCCAGAUCAUGAGAUCCUGCUGGACUCACUGGCAGAUGCAAAACCCGUCUUCUACGGAAUUAAAAUUUUAA